AUGUCUUCGAUCGACCCAACAGCCUCGACCACUCCGACAAACUUUGUAGGAUGGUCCAUCAGCGCAGAAAACACUAGACCGGUUACCUGUAACGAAAAUCUGCCCUGGGCGACGAGCGAUACCUAUGCUGGCUGCGCAUACGAGACAGGAGACACGACAACAUUUAUCACUAGCUGCUAUCGGGGGAGUGUUGUGUACUCGGGGAGCACAACAUCUUGUGACAACACCGCAUACUCAUGUGAAGCAUUCCAAAUUUUUGAAACUGAGGGCGAUAGUGUGCCAGCAUGGACAAUGUACAAUUGCGUUUCUGACUGGUAUACUUUGAACCUCUAUCGCUUCUUGACUGGAAUCUCUACCGAUACAGCUUCUCUUACCUCACCUGCUUCUACGGACGCUGGAACGAUAACGGCCGCAUCGACUACAUUUGCCACAGCUACUUCGUCUUCUUCGCCUACGUGGGACCCAACACCAAUCGAUAAUAGCGGCAGUACUUCUCUAUCAGGAGGUGCAAUUGCAGGAAUUGCCGUCGGAUCUGUGGCUGGUGUUUUGCUACUGGUUACUACUAUUUCGGAGGAGGGUCCUUGCUUGCUGUGGAUAUACCAGAGCUUCGGAUCGCCAGUCUGUAUACGCUCCUGUAUACCCACUCCAACAAUCACCGGGGCCGUACACGCCAUGACCUCAAAGUAUACCAUCGCAGCCCCAGUCUCCACCUCCUUGGGAUAA